AUGAGCACACCAGCAGAAACUCCCGAAACACACAGCGAAGACAAUACCGAACAUACCGAACAUACCGAACAUACCGAGCAACUCCCCUCGCCUUCAAACUGUGAGAUACGCUCUUCUUCCCCAAACAGCGCACUUUCUCCAACUAAUCCACACUCGGCUGCGAGCAUAUCUAAUUUGAUCAAUCACGAUGAAUGGUGUUCCUCCCCCAUAUCGACUGCUCCAAGCUCGCCUCAAACAAACAAGAGGCAGCUAGAUACUCCCGCUGACUUUGAUACCAAACGCCGACGUCUUCAAGAUUCUCAACUUAAUAUAGACGAGAUGGACAACAAGACCUCCAAGUCUACAACUAAACAGAAAAAACCCUACAUCCCACGUCCACCCAAUUCGUUCAUCUUAUAUAGACAACAUCACCACCCUUUAAUCCUCAAUCAAAACCCGGGUAUUAAUAACUCCGAAAUAUCCCGCAUUGUUGCUGAUCAUUGGAAGAAUCUUUCCGAGGAAGAGAGAGAGGAAUGGAAGCGCAAAGCCGAAGAGGCCAAAGAAAGUCAUAUGAGGGCAUACCCUGAUUAUAAAUAUCAGCCACGACGGAGGGCGGGUCCUAUCAUCAAGAAUAUUAAGCCCCGAGAUGCAACCCGGGAAAGCGUAAUGGAUAAUUUUCUGGUAGAGAUUAAUGCAAAGACUGAGAGACGAUCUACGGAUAUCGUCAGUCACAGAAUGGCUUCUAACCAAUCCGUUGUUAUCAUUGAACGUGGCGCUAAAGAACUAUCUAAUCUUAGAGGCGCCAAACAAUUGCCAAGUGAAAUUAUACGGUCGACCGUCAACAUUCCAAGUAUACCUCGAAUGCCUAGUUUUUCACGCAGCCCAUCUCAGCCUCUGCUCAGUCCGCUUGCUCCGGGCGCUUCACCUACCACACCCUCAGCACCCCCGUCCUCUCGUGGUGCAUUGAUCGUCCUCGAGGGUUACGAGGACGGCUCGACUACUAUGCAAGCUACCAAGCUGCUAGAGUUUUUGAAAAACGAGGGUAUCAAGGCGAAAUUAUGGAAGUUCCCCGAUGCAUCUACUCCGGCUGGUGAAGCAUUAACGAAACAUCGGCAGAAUAAUGGACAUUCACAACCAAGAGCAUUGCAUUUGUUGAUUGCUGCGCACUGGUGGGAGUUAGUUCCCACGAUGCGUGAGCAUCUAGCCAACGGUAUAACGUUAAUAGUUGAUCAUUACAUUUAUACGGCCAUCGCAUCUUCAGCGGCGGCAGGCUUGGAAAUCAAUUGGUGCAAAGCUUCUUACAUCAACAUUCCUUCCCCGGAUUUAACAUUCUUCCUCAACACCGACCGGGAUAAAGAAGCCGUGGACAAUGGAGAUAUUAGAAUGUCCAACGACUGGCAACGAAGAGUUCAAGAUGCGUUCCAUGACUUGUUUGAGGUUAACUGGAAGUUAUUGGAUGCUAGGAAAUCUGCUGUCCUGGUACACGCCCAGAUUAUAGAAGCAUCGAUCGAAAUCAUCGAGCGAUGCAAGAAAUCUACACCAAAUAAUGAUCCUAAUGGAAAUGGUAAUGGCAUUCGACAGUCAGUAGCAAUGCCGCUCAAACGACACAACCAAUUUCCACACCCCGUUCAAGUACAGCUAUAA